CGGAACCAAACUACCUUUCAGUCCGCGGUGCACGACGCCUGUCGGGCUAGAAUGAAGUCUAUUCCGAGCCGAGGCAUUCAGUCUGGAUCAGUGUGCAAGUUCAUGGGAAUAUAUAAACUCCUACGUGUUUAAGGGAGGUGGAGACAACUUACCACCACCCCCCCCCUCCGUCCUUGACUGAAAUUACCAACUAAUUUUGCACAGGGGAGACACUUGAAGCACUCCCAAAGCACCUGAAAUGGAGGCUCCCGAUGGCUACUGUGCCAGUAACGGCCAGUGCUCUCCUGGUAAGGAGAACUCGAGAAUGUUGGCGGAUAUGUCAACACCCAAUGGACAGACAGUUCCUCAGGGUCCUAAUUCACCCAGUGAACUGACAAUUAAGCAAGAGGAAGAAACAGUGGAGGAAGGUGACAACAGAAGCACAGCACUUGAAGAAAUAAGCAAAACAGGGGAGGAAGGAGUAGUAUUGGAGGAAUCUAUGACUGGCAGCCCAAGCAACGUAUUGGAUGGAUUAUCUGGGCCAAAUGCAACAGCUGAUGCAGGAAGUCGACAAACAAAUGGUGACAGGCCGUUCCAGUGCAACCAGUGUGGUGUCUCAUUCACCCAGAAGGGAAACCUGCUGCGACACAUCAAGCUACACACAGGCGAAAAACCCUUCAAAUGCCCCUUCUGUAGCUAUGCCUGCCGGCGGCGCGAUGCUCUCACUGGUCAUUUGCGCACUCAUGCUGUUGGAAAACCACACAAGUGUAACUACUGUGGACGAAGUUACAAACAGCGGACAUCUCUGGAGGAACAUAAAGAGCGCUGCCAUAGUUACCUUCAAGGUAUUGGCUUGGAUCCGACCGCCAGCUCCAUUCCUUACACAGGUGAGGUUCCUAAAGAGCCAAGGCCCAUGGCAGAGGCCAACACCAUGGCUACUUUUGAUCGGCCGCCCGUUAUUGAAAGGCUGCAUAGCAACGUGGGCAAGAGGAAGAGCACCACACCUCAGAAAUUUGUGGGUGAAAAGCUGGUUCGCUACAGCUACCCUGAUAUAAGCUAUGAGAUGGGCCUUAAAUAUGAAAAGCAGGCUGAACUGAUGCCAGCCCACAUGAUGGACCAGGCCAUCAGUAAUGCCAUCACAUACUUGGGAUCGGACACCCUUCGGCCCAUGCUCCACCAUCCAGGUCCCCCUCUCUCUAUGGCCGAGAUGAUGCCCAUGGUCAACCCGCUCUUCCACCAUGUCUUGCCAAUGGGCCAACGAACAGAGCGUCCAGGAAGCUGUGACACACUGCCACCACAUCCAGCUCAGCCCCAUGACUUCCCCAGCCAUCCCACCUCAAAUGGCCCCACUGCUUUAACCAGGCAGGGCAAGCCACCCCAGUCAGGGCAAGAGGAAUCUCCCAACAACAGUGGAGCUGACUCUGCUGACUCAGCUCGCAGCAGCCCUCAGGAGCGGCUGGGCUACCAUGGGAGCAACCCCCCUCCCGGCCUAAGGUCUCGAGCAAGUCCGGCAGUGGUCUAUUCAGGUGAGAGGGUGACAGAAGCAUCACCAAGAAGUGGGGCGAGAAUGGGGACUGGACUAAUGCGAGUGGCCCCAGAGAGGCCUGUGAGCCAGGAAGGUGUGCGGGUAUUUGGACGAGAGGGCCAGGAGUUGCGAGCAUUCCAGUGCGAGCACUGUCGGGUGCUCUUCCUGGACCAUGUCAUGUACACCAUCCACAUGGGUUGCCAUGGCUACAGAGAUCCACUGGAGUGCAACAUCUGUGGUCACCGCAGCAAAGAUCGCUAUGAGUUCUCCUCUCACAUAGUCCGUGGCGAACACACUUUCCAGUAAGAGGAUGGGUAGGAUUAAGAGGAAGACAAAGAAGGGAAAGGAGCAAUAGCCUGAUAUCCAUCCUUAUCCCCAGAACUCUGACACUGCACAGUUGAAUGGCACUGUAGACAAGUGUAGCACAAUCAAAGACUUCUUUUUAAGCUACUUAUUGUGAAUCGGAACAGUUUAACAAUCAUAUGAAGGUAUGGGCCAAAGACACAUUUUCUACAUAUUUAAUUAAUAAUUAUAUGUAGUGGAAGGAAGAUACGUUUUUUUUUCUCCCAAAAUGUUCAUGAAUGUUGUAACAGAGCAGCUGUCAAACAACUUUGACUAGUUUUUCCUUUUAAUCUUAUCUGGAAGUCUCUCCUUUUGUCCUUUACCCUUCACCACCUUGUAGGCUCAAUGGGGUGGAUAUAAUAAUUAAAGUUUCAUUUUAACCAGAUCGAAAGUCAUCACUAACACCAGUGGCACAGAUGAAGCAUAGGAAGACUUCAGACAGUCUCUAAUUAAAAAAAAGAAUUAUAAUAAUGAUAAUUACUACAAUUCAUAGAUUCUUUCGUGAUAAUAGCAGUAUGUACUGGGUUGGAAUUCAUGUGUUCAAAAUCAUUCAGGUCAUGUAUGUUUAAGAUAUUAAAUGUAUUGAGACCAUUUAAAAUGCUUGCUAAAAAAAGACCCUACAAAGAGUCAUGGGAUUGCAAUGGCCCACUUUUUUCUUUCUUUUUUAUGUCAAAGACAUUGCUAAGGCCAAUAAUUCUCAAUGUUUUUCCUAUUAACAACGGUAUAAUGGUAUGGAUAUAUGUUGCUGUGUGUUCUAGCUGCAAGCAAUUUGGUGUCCAUUGGAUAUGAUUGCCAGUGGAGUUUGUGCCUGUACAUUACUACCUAGACUGUAGUAUUUAAAAAUAAACAGAAAUCAAAACUCCAGACUCUCCCGAUAAUGAAGACAACAACAUACCAUUUUUUGCAACUUUUAAUCCUGAUACUAUAAAUAUAAGUUAAGAGAACUUGGAGGCUUUAAAAAGAAUCUAUGAAGAGAAGUGUCAAUACAAGUAGCAAAUCAAUGUGUCAAGAAGCAAAAGCAAAAAGUAGUUUUACAAGUUUACAUCAAAAAUUUGUAAAUAAAUUAUGGCAAUUGUAAAUGUUUUUCUAUCCAAAAAAAAAAUACUACCAAAUGUAACUAAAUGUUACACAAUUUUAUUAGUGCAUAUUAUCUGUAAUUUAUAUCUAAUGUAUAAUCUAAUUUAUGAAGUUUUAGCUGAAGUGUAGAAAGGCUGGAUAGCUAGCUGAUACCAGAAAACUACAUUUUUAACAACCGUUUUGUAACAUUCAAAUGAUGUCUUCAUUGAUGAAUUUUUAAAAUAUCGACUGACAUUAUAUUGUUGUAUUAUAUUAGGUUAUAUUUCCUGCGAGAAUGAGUUGCUUAGCUUUUACUCACACCACCAAUGCUUUUCUGAUUCUCACUGGCUGGUAAAGCACUUUGUAACACUAGCACAGGAAAAAAAACAAAAAACAAAAAAAACAACUUUCAUGUGGUGGCUUGUAUAAUUUGUAAUAUUACAAGAAGUCCUGUCAAAAAUAGACAUCUAAAUAAAUUAGUUCAACCAAUUUUUGAAAAAUGUAACCCAUUUUAUAUUAGAUUAUUCUAUGAUAUUUUAAACACAUUGACUUAUACAUGAUGUGUUAUA